AUGGCCUCUGCUACCUCCACCCCAGCUGCGACUCGCGGUGCCCGGAAUACGCGCUCCUCGGGCCGGGGCAUGAGCAUGAGCACCGGCCCGAGUCCCACGCGUCUGUCCCGGCUCCAGGAGAAGGACUCGUUACGGAGCCUCAACGACCGCCUCGCCAACUACAUCCACCGGGUGCAGGAGCUGGAGUCCGAGCGCGCGUCUCUCCUGGUCCAACUGGAGCAGAGCGACGAGUGCGCGGGCCGGGAGAUGGGGAACAUGAGGCGGCUGUACGAAGAGGAGCUGGCCGACGUGAGGAGCACUCUGGACGGGGUGGCCAAGGAGAAGGCCCGGCUGCAGAUCGAGAUGGGGAACCUCUCCGACGAGUACAAGAAACUGCACAACAAGCAACAGAGGAAUGAAGGGGAACUGACCAGCGCUCUGACCCAUUGGAGGAACGCAGAGUCAGCCCUGAAGGCCAGAGACGCAGAGGUGUCCAAGCUGCAUUCAGAGUCUCUGCGGCAGAAGAAGGAGGUGGAGGAGCUGCAGGCUGAGGUCAAAUAUAUAGAGGGGCAACUCGGAGAUGCUAUGAAAAAUCUGAGUGAGGAGAUAAUGCAGAGCACAAACCUUUCGAACCAACUGCAGACGGCCAAGGAGCAGCUGGCGUUUGAGAAGAACCUGAGUGAACAGAACACGGAGGAGCUGCGCAGUCGCAGUGAGAGCAGACUCCUGGAGCUGGAGACCAUCAGACGAAAGGAGUUUGAGUCCAAACUGGCCGACUCCAUGCAUCAGCUGAGACAGGACCACGAGAACCAGCUGCUGCAGUACAAGCAGGAGCUGGACAAGACCUUCAGCUCCAAGUUGCAGAACGCACAGCAGGCAGCAAUAGACAAAACCAACGCAGUCUCGAGCACCAAAGACGAACUUGAAAACACCAAGCUCCGGAUUGAGACGCUCAGCUCCCAACUGCAGCUCUACCAAAAUGAGAAAAUGUGUCUGGAGCGGCGUGUCCAGGACCUGGAGCGAACCCUGGACAAAGAGCGUGAUUCGUGGCAGGAGCGACUCGGGGCCAAAGAGCAGGAGCUCCUGAGCCUCCGCAGACAGAUGUUCACGCAGCUGGAGGACUAUGAGAGGCUGCUGGACACUAAGGUGGCCCUGGACAUGGAGAUCAACGCCUACCGCAAGAUGCUGGAGGUUGAGGAGCAGAGACUGCAGCUGUCCCCCAGUCCGUCCCAGAGCGCUGCUGUGUCCCGCACUCAUGAGGAGAGGCACAAACUCAGAGGACGAAAGCGUAAACAGGAGGGUCCUACGGGCAGCUCGCCGGCCUCCAAGAUGGGGUCCUUGGAGAGAGAGGGCGAGAGCGCCCCCGUGAGGCUUAGUGAGGUGGACGAGGGUGGCAGGUUCAUCCGGCUCCAGAACCAUUCACACACGGAGCAGCAAUUGGGCGGCUGGGUGGUGCGCAGGAUUUAUCCAGACAUGGGGAACAUCUCCUUUGAAAUCCCGUCCCCGUGUGUCUUGGAUGGAGGACAGACUCUCACUAUCUGGGCAUCUGGGUUUGAGGAGGAGGCGCACAGCGACGAUCUAAUCCUUGAGGACCACACGAGUUGGGGACCUGCAACAGAUGCCAAGAUCCUGAUCUUCAACCCCCAACAAAAGGUACCAGUGAGACACGGACCAGGGAGAGUACCAUCUACCACCACACCCAUCUACCACACCAUCUACCACACCAUCUACCUCACCAUCUACCACACCAUCUACCACACCAUCUACCACACCAUCUACCACACCUACUACCACACCAUCUAUCGUACCAUCUACCACACCAUCUACCACACCAUCUACCACACCAACUACCACACCUACUACCACACCAUCUAUCGUACCAUCUACCACACCAUCUAUAGUACCAUCUACCACACCAUCUACCGCACCAUCUACCACACCAUCUACCACACCAUCUACCACACCAUCUACCGCACCAUCUACCACACCAUCUACCGCACCAUCUACCACACCAUCUACCUCACCAUCUACCACACCAUCUACCACACCAUCUACCACACCAUCUACCGCACCAUCUACCACACCAACUACCACACCAUCUACCACACCAUCUACCACACCAUCUACCACACCAUCUACCACACCAUCUACCGCACCAUCUACCACACCAACUACCACACCAUCUACCACACCAUCUACCACACCAUCUAUCGUACCAUCUACCUCACCAUCUACCACACCAUCUACCACACCAUCUAUCGUACCAUCUACCUCACCAUCUACCACACCAUCUACCACACCAUCUACCACGCCAUCUACCGCACCAUCUACCACACCAACUACCACACCAUCUACCACACCAUCUACCACACCAUCUACCACACCAUCUACCACACCAACUACCACACCAACUACCACACCAUCUAUCGUACCAUCUACCACACCAUCUAUCGUACCAUCUACCACACCAUCUACCACACCAUCUACCUCACCAUCUACUGCACCAUCUACCACACCAUCUACCACACCAUCUACCACACCAACUACCACACCAACUACCACACCAUCUAUCGUACCAUCUACCACACCAUCUAUCGUACCAUCUACCACACCAUCUACCUCACCAUCUACCGCACCAUCUACCUCACCAUCUACCACACCAUCUAUCGUACCAUCUACCACACCAUCUACCACACCAUCUACCACACCAUCUAUCUCACCAUCUACCACACCAUCUACCACACCAUCUACCACACCAUCUACCUCACUAUCUACCACACCAUCUACCUCACUAUAUACCACAGUGCUACUCUUCUAGUACUGUGCUAUUCUUCUAUUAGUUCAGCCUGA